GAAUAACACCACCUUCGCCAUGCACAUCUCCUUUCAGCUUCGAACGAUCCAGCUCGGUCCCAGAGAACAUACAUACAUACACAGGCCUCGCAUCUCCCUCCCUAGGUACACAACCCCUUUUCACAAUGAGCUGCUCUGCGAAACCCUUCAUCAUGUGAUGGAUCUCCACGACCCCUCACAAAAAGCCUGAGUGCGACGGAGGUAGGCAUUCAUCAAUGGUAGGGAUGGAUGUGCAAAGACAAAAGUGACGUCGAAGCAGGAGUGCGGCGUCGCGUUGAAGAUGAGAUACAUACACACACACACACACACACAUACACACACAAAUACACACACCACUUAAUCCUCCUCCUAGGCAAUCCUUCCACCCAGCAUGUUUGUAAUACUGUGAGAAGUGCAUUUCUGUGAUUCUUGCAUUCCAUCCUUUGCUUUCCUAAAAUACCGAGCCCACGCUAUUAGUGAGCAACGCAUCUCCGUUUUCCGCCGUUUCAAAAAAUCCAUCAGCACAGCCCUCGAGACCCUACGUGCCUACUCGACUAGAAGGUCCAUCCAUACAUACAUGCUGGGCAGAAGCCAUCUCCCAAACCACAUUCUCACUUUGUCGGCAUUCAUCAAUGCAUCGUGCGACGACACGUUAGCUCUUUUGCACACGCCAACCUUCGAUUCGUGAGGUACAGAACCCGAAUUAUUAUCCAGCCAUCUACCAUCUCGGGGUUCGUGUUCCAAGCACAAAUCGGUCCACCUCGACAAUGCCCGCCGAUUACAGCUCGACCGCGAGAGCAUUGGCGUUGCCCAUCAGUCCUCUCGAGACGCCUUCCUCCCCAGAUCAACACGUAGAAAGGCCACCAUGGUCCAGACGCAUAUCUUCCAAUGUGCGAAGAGCAAACAAUUCCGCCUCGCCAUAUUCGAACCAGCCUACCACAUCCUUCAAAGACCAAAUUCUCCGCAAGGCCGAGAAACUACAACGAAAGUUCGUCUCGACAUGGCAAAAGCUUUCUCCUCUACAAAAAUGUCUUGCCGUGGGAGCCGCGGUUUUAAACAUUAUUCUCAUCGCUCUAUUUCUAGUCUAUCAACAUCAGAUCUUCGCCAGUCUUGCUCCAUUCGCAGAACGCUGGCGGGACAUGCGGGGAGGAUGGAUGAUUCUAUGGGCCAUGACAUUCGUCGCCGCAUUCCCCCCUCUCAUCGGCUAUUCCUCCACCAUCACCAUCGCCGGAUUUGUCUACGGCGUUCCCAAAGGCUGGGCCAUUGUGGCGAGCGCAACAGUAGCCGGUUCUCUCUGUUCAUUCCUCGCUUCCCGAACCAUCCUCUCAAGCUAUGUACAUCGUCUCGUGGGGAAAGAUAAACGCUUCGAAGCUCUCGCUCUGACUCUCAAACACGACGGCAUCAAGAUUCUCUGCAUGAUCCGUCUCUGCCCCCUCCCAUAUUCCCUCUCGAAUGCCGCCGUCGCCACGUUCCCCACCGUGCACCCCCUCAACUAUGCUCUCGCUACCGCCUUGGUAACCCCCAAACUCUUCAUCCACGUUUUCAUUGGCAGUCGUCUGGGUUCACUCGCCGGCGACGAAGAAAUGGAUGCCUCCACCAAACUCAUCAACUACGCCAGCAUAAUCAUUGGAGCUGGACUCGGCGCCACCGUCGGCUAUGUUAUCUACCAGCGCACCAUGGCGCGCGCCAAAGAACUCGAGAUUGAAGAGCUCGAAGCGGCAAAUGGGGACGUGGCUGCUGGGAGAAGAGUUGCCGCAGAAUACAGUGAUGCUAACAAUGAUGAUGCGGCAUUAAUGAACGAUGAUGAUAUUUCUUUAUGGGACAACGAAGAUGCACAGACGGGAUACACGGACUUCGUAGAUGAGGACGAGGCAGACGUUUUUGCAAGUGGAGAUUUAGAUGAGGAAGGGAAUAUUGGGGGGAAGGGAAAGACGGCGGGGACUUAAAUUUCGCGUAUGGGGUUUUGGUAUGUCAAUCAUGAUGGGGCAUGUUGUAUGAAAUGUAUGCUGGAUACGUACUGGGUUUGAUUGGGUCUAGUUGUGUCACCACAGUUUGGCGUUCGGAAGAUGGAAAUGAUUAAAGGGUGUAUGGUUUAUGCAUGUCUUCUUUGUAUUAGAAGACGACGAUAUCUAGUUAGAAGGUAAAAGAGUACAAAAACUUUUGAUGCCACCAACACUUAAGAUGCAAGAAAACAUUCACUUGCUCUGUAGCA